AUGAACGCGUGGAAGCAGCUCCUGACCGUCUCCAGCAACUACUGGACUGCUGUUUUGUAUUUCAAGGCCAGGAACGGCACUUACAAGCGCGUACCGCAGUACCCCAAUGCUCUCUUGGGCUCGUUGACUGGAGGCAUGACCAUUUAUUACCUUCAACAAGACUUCAACUCGAACGGCAAGACCAAGAUUACUUCUUUCAAGCCUGUAAGGAAUUUCAUCCUGAUGCUUUAUUGA